CCCAUCUUGCCGCAGUUAACUUGACGCAGCGGAUAACCAAGCGGAGGCAGAGCGGAUCAAUUUGGAGCCACGGCGGUUGAUCGGGAUUAUGCGGCGACACUGAUUGCUAUAUCGGCUCAACACGCCGUUUCCUCAUCGAGUCCAUCGGCUGAGACGUCGCCUCAGGCUCCAGGUGUUAGUCUGGACCCGGCCUGCAUGCAGCGUGUCCAGGGCCCGGCCUAAUUCCUGGUGCUCCUUCUUUCCCACCACCUCCUCCCUCCUUUCCCUACCCUCCUCCCCCCUGCCCUAUCCUUCCAUCCUCACCCCCUCUCACUCACACACACACACACAACCACCCAGGCCUGGUGUCACACUGCCAGCCUCCCAGCAUUUAGCCCAGACCGGCAGCCUGGCUGGCUGCCCUGUACAGGUGGAUGAAUGAAGACCCCAUUCAAGAGCCCAGCGGCCCCGCGGCCCCGAGCAGACGGAGGACAUUCAGGCGUCUCUGCAAACAUGAUGAAGAAAAAGAACUCGCACAAGAAACAGAGGACCAGUGUUGGUCCCAGUAAGACUCUGGCUCAGCCCAGAAGGAACAUAGUGGGCUGCAGGAUCCAGCACAUCUGGAAGGAGGGCAGUAAGUCGUCUCAAUGGAAGGGGACGGUCCUGGACCAGGUCCCCGUGAACCCCUCCCUCUACCUGAUCAAAUACGACGGCUUUGACUGCAUCUACGGCCUGGAGCUGUACAGCGAUGAGCGGGUGGUGGGGCUGGAGGUGCUGCCGGACAGAGUGGCUCCGGCCCGUGUGAGCGACUCGCUGCUGGCGGAGACGAUGAUCGGGAAAGCCGUGGAGCACAUGUUCGAGACGGAGGACGGACCGAAGGAGGAGUGGAGGGGGAUGGUUCUGGCCCGGGCUCCGAUCAUGACCUCCUGGUUCUACAUCACCUACGAGAAAGACCCCGUCCUCUACAUGUACCAGCUGCUGGACGACUACAAAGAGGGAGACCUCCGCAUCAUGCCCGACUCCAACGACAGUGUGACGGCGGAGCGGGAGCCCGGCGAGGUGGUCGACAGUCUGGUGGGCAAACAGGUCGAGUACGCCAAAGAGGACGGUGGGAAGCGGUCAGGUAUGGUCAUCCACCAGGUGGAGGCCAAACCCUCUGUAUACUUCAUCAAGUUCGACGAUGACUUCCACAUCUACGUCUACGACCUGGUCAAGACCUCCUAAGACCAGAAAACCUGGUGCAGGACACCAUAGAAAGACUUACCAAGUCCUGCCUAGAUCCACCAAACACGCCCAUCAAGGACCCCCCAGUGAAGAAAAACCACAACUAGGGUUUAAAACAUCGGGAGACUCACCACGACCUGUGGAGACGCCGGAGACAGAUGGAAUCCAUUCUAUUACAGAACGCCUUAAAAUCAGGAAAAACCACAAGCAGAACCCCUUCGUUAAGACAGGAAACUACAACCCAGAGACACGUCUUCAAACCCAGAGACAAGUCUUCAGACCCAGAGACACGUCUCCAGACCCAGCAUCACGUCUUCAGACCCAGAGACAUGUCUUCAAACCCACAGACACGUCUUCAGACCCAGAGACACGUCUUCAGACGUCAUUUAUCAUUGACCUUUUUCAUCUGAUUUCUUUAGACUCUUUUAGGACGUUUGCUCAAACAUUUGCUGAGGCACAAAGACGACCAACGAUCUGGUGCCGUGUGGAAUAACUGACACCUGAACCGGCAGGUUCGACUUUGUGGUGAUGACCAUCCAACCUGUGGCUGAUACAGCACCAAUAAAUCUGGCUGGGUGUGAAAACUUGACUUGUACAACCUGAGACAUCCAGAGGUCUGUGAGGACUCGAUCCUGAGAUCCCUCAGGCACAACUAAAGGUCUCCUGAGUAAAAUGUCCUUUGUUUCAGAUUCAGGUCUGAACACAUACAAGUCAACAGAAAGAUCCUCCCCCUUUUCCUGAAACCCUGUCAGACUGUUUGAGACCUCCCCCCCUGUGUGAGGACGGGGUACAGGUCUGAGUCUGGCGGGGUUAAUGAAGGGACAGGACUUCAGGAAGACAGAAAUGUUGACCGGGGCCCGCAGACUGUGUGAACCAUCGUCUGUCUCCAUCUGCAUUUAUUGAAGGUGUUAGUGGAUGUGAGGAACAUAUAUCCAAUCACAGAGCAUUUAUUUACUGACCCCGCCCCCCUGCAGGUCACCUGUAGACAAACAAAGACUCUGAUUGAAAAACUGUGAAGGACACUGUGGACAUACCAGAGGACACGGACUCUUUUCCUUUUCCAUUCUUUAAACAUUUGUCUGUUUCCUGUCUGUGUGGAUUCCUACAUUACCCAUAAUGACUUGAGGUCAGGCAGUCGUGGAGGCUCAGGUGUCCAACGCACGUGCUUCUAGAGAAACGUUCUCAUUGGUGUUUAACUGUUCUCAUCCUGUCCACCGUUUGUCUCCGAGGUUCCCGCCCAGAUCCAGUUUUAGCAGGAAGACUAACGAUGCUAACAGGCUAUUUUUAAGUAAAACGUUCCCUUCUUUUUUUUUAUGAAUCAUCUAAACGGAGCGUGUUCAUUGGUUGUUUUCUGUUGAGCAGUUCCCAGAUUUCGACAUGAGGGUUUUUAAAGCUUCACACUGCAGCUGACGUUUUACGCCGCCAUUCAAUAUUUUUAAAGUCGUGCCAAAAAGAAAGCAGGAAGGAUAAGAAGAAUUAUUUUGACAAAUUGCAUAUGUUUCACGAAGCUUUCGUGGGUUCUGGUCCGGAUCAGAGACAGAACAGUAUUCUGGGAAAUCGUGUUUAACAUUAGAAUGAAAACAGUGAGUAAAGAGCAGGUUAUUCAAAGGUCACAUACGAGCCCAGAACACAGAGAAUGAGAGCAGUAAAAACAUGUGUUCCAGAUGUUCAGUGCAGGUUUACUGGGUUUCACUGCAUCUUUCUCUUAUGACGUCAGACUUCUGUGGUUUCCUUCUUCUGUGGCUGCAAACGCAAUUGUUCAAAACUGUUUCUAACACAAUAAAUCCAUGAAUAAACAGUUAGAUGUGAUCACAGCUGCAUUACAGCCUGUUCAGAACCUGGGGUUUACCUGUGAGACUGGACUCAGGGGGGUGGACGUCCGUCUCAUCAGCAGACCUCCAUGUUGGAAUGUUCCUUUAACGGCCUUCAUCCUGAAGUUGAAUGAAACCAAAAUGUUAGCACCCCCCACCCCUCCCCCCCUCGCUGUCAGUGAGGGUCCACCCCCUGAAGCACAGAUGCUGGAGGUUGAUUUAUAGUUUACAUGCUUUGGAAACGUCUGUCCCCUUCAUCGCUCUGCACCGUGUUCCUCUCUUCACGUCCUGACACGUUCACGUCUCCUGGUUCCUCUGUGUGUUCUCUCUGCUUUUAUUCUUUGUCCCGUGUGAACUGUGUUUUAUCCAGUUAGCAGCAGGAAGCUUGUGGCUGUUUGCUGGUUUAAAACCGGAAUCACAGCCAAACUGGGAGAUUUGAUCCCAGUCCUCUGAUCCUGAUGCGGAUGUUGAUGCUGGUGCUGAUGCUGAUGCUGAUGCUGAUGCUGAUGCUGAUGUUGAUGCUGAUGUUGAUGCUGAUGCUGAUGCUGAUGCUUAGAGGUGUGUGUUUGCUGACAGUCCUUCCCCCUCUCUCUCCUCCCCUGCAGUCAUUUCACAGCUUCCUAUAAAACACCAAACAGCUGAAGCAUUAACGGCCACGCUGCCUGAUCCACGUCUCCUGUGCCUGAAGGGACUCGAACAUCUGAAACGACAGGUGUUAAAGAAGCGUUAAGCGUUUCCAGACCAGGGGAUUUAGAUCCAGAUCAUUCCUGGACAGAGUCCACGGUCCGGGGUCCAGAACAUGUCGUUCAGAUGUGGAGUUUGCUGGCCCUGAUUCUAGAAUCUGGAAUCUGUCGUUUUUUUUCUGAAAUAACAUCUAACACAUUUGCUUUCUUGUGAAUUCACUGCCUCAGAUUCUAGAACAUGGAGAACCACGGGUUCUUAUCAUGUCUGGUUCUCAGUCCAGAUUCUGGGAUUCAUCUUUUUACCACAUUCCUUACUGUUCUAGAAAUUUCCUAGAAUACACUGCUAAAAAUUCUAGAACGUGGAGACUGGAUCACCAGAAGACGAAUCCAGAAUGAAUCUGGUUUGGGUCCACGGCACACAGUCUCAGUCCAGAGUUUGUGUGUGUGAAGUUUCACGUUCUGAUUCUAGAAUCUGGGGCUUCGGCUCAGCGUCUCAAACGCUGGAGAACGUGCAUCUUCCCCUCGGAACCCACACGUUCUGAUUCUGGAACAGACCUGGUCUCACUGGGACAAACGACAGCGAUGAGUGGAUUCAUUGAUUAUUGGAUGAGGAAAAUGAACGGGAAGCCGUUUUGAUCAAAGCUCAGUGGCUCUGGUCACAGUUCCUGGAAACGUUGCUGCUUCUUUUAAAUCUGAUGUGAUCAAAGGAUUUUUUUAGUUUUCUGACGAUAACAGUUCAUUGAUUCAUUGAGAAAAAUACUUGGCAGAAUAACUGACGUUGAAAAUAAUCCUUAGCUGCUGCCGAAUCGUGAUCACAAAGAAAGAACACACACCUGUGACCCCUCAGAGUUCACAGGUGUCACCUCACCUGGUCUGACCCUGGACCUUUUGGUUCUAGAAGAUUUAGUUGGCCCUGAUGAGACCUGAUGAGACCUGCUGCUCUGUCUCUGGUUGUCUCUUGUUGGACUACGGUCACAAACGUGUGGGAGCUGUUGGACCUCCCGUCAGUUUCAGGCCCGUUCAGCUCGUCUGCUGAAGCAGAGAAACCAGCCGAGGCGUCCUCUGCUGCUCUGUCAUUAACCGGGACAGUUAGCGAGCGGCGGGACGUUCAGACCGUAGGGAGCCUCC